GGCGUAUUGCUCUGCUGAUCGCUAGCUUUCCUGCUCGUGCUGUGCUACGCCGAUAUGUCUGGCCGAGGAAAAGGAGGCAAAGGGCUGGGAAAGGGAGGCGCCAAGCGCCACCGGAAGGUGUUGCGGGACAAUAUCCAGGGCAUUACCAAACCUGCGAUCCGCCGCCUCGCCCGUCGUGGGGGUGUCAAGCGGAUCUCCGGGCUCAUCUAUGAGGAGACCCGGGGAGUGCUCAAAGUCUUCCUGGAGAAUGUGAUCCGCGAUGCGGUGACUUACACGGAGCACGCCAAGCGCAAGACGGUCACGGCCAUGGACGUGGUGUACGCCCUGAAACGCCAGGGCCGCACCCUCUACGGCUUCGGCGGCUGAGCUGUCCCCAGGUUUUCCCUCCAGACUCCCCAAAGGCCCUUUUUAGGGCCCACAGAGCGUCAAAGAGGAGCUGUUAGCAACGAGCUGCCUAUUUCUGUUAGUGCCAGGGCUAAGCAGGGACGCAAUGGUGUUUUUGCGUGUCCGGCGGCUCCCUCUGACGAGGAAGAGGCUUG